UUGGACAAAGCUCCCCAACUCGCAAGUUCCUUCGUCCCCUACCCACUUCACGUCUGUCAUAUUCAUCAUAUUAGGGUUCCGCGCUACGCAUUCCCUUUCAUCAAUCAGUCGCGUUCCUCUCCAUCUUCCUCACCGAUCGCCCGGUCGUGGGAGCCUCUCUGCUAUGGAGGAGGAGGGAUCCACAUUCCCCGUUGUUAGCGACGGCGUCGGAGCUUCUCUCAUCAGGGACUUGGCCUCCUGCAACAAGGCCACCAGAGACAAAGCCCUGAAGCAGGUCCUCAAAUCCUGGCUUCCGUCACAGUCGCCGGACCAAGUCUCCGACGAAGACAUGAAGAAGCUCUGGAAGGGACUCUUCUACUGCGUUUGGCACGCCGACAAGUCCUUCGUCCAGUUAGACCUCAUCAACCGUCUCUCCUCCCUUCUCCUCGCGCUCCCUCUCCCUCUCUCUCUCCACUACAUCUCCGUCUUCUUGCUCACCAUGCGCCGAGAGUGGUCCGGCAUCGACGCCCUAAGGUUAGACAAGUUUUAUCUCUUGAUCCGCCGCUUUCUACACUUUUCGUUUAUCAUGUUAAAGAAGAAUUACUCUUGGGACUUGGAGAUCUCACGUCGAUUCUUGGCCAUUUUGGAAGAGAAAACCUUUUUCGCUGAUGACAGGUUCCUUGGCAACGGAGUUAAUUACCAUCUUGCCUCCAUUUUUCUGGAAGAACUUAGCCCUUUCCUUCCCAUCAGGUCCGAAGCGGUGGUUGUCAUUUUUGAACCCUUGGUUCGCCUCAUGGCGCAUUGUCUAGAUAAGGUGUUAUUGGGUAAGGUUAAGUCUAAUAUAUUCGAUGUGUUCUUGAGAAUGGGAUGGAGUUUGCUGGAGCUCAAGAAAGCGGGAGCUGAUUCGCCCGACGAAAAUGUGGUGCGACUUGGGAGUAUAGCAUUGACGCUGGGGUUUUCCACGAAGUUCUAUGAUUUGGGUAGUUCCCAUGAUUGCUUUCAAGCAAAUAGAAAGGUUCUCUUCAGUUUGCAUGAGGAUUUCUUGAGGUUGGAGAAGGAUUUAGCGUCUUCUGGGAUUGAAAUAUCAAUUCUUGAUGUAAUGGUUCAUGAUGAAGACGAGGUUCCUGAGUUAAUAGCUAUUGCUUCCGAGACACAAGUAGCUGCUUCUGAGGUUGUCUCAGAACCAACUGAAGUUGCCUUCAAAGAUGAGAAUGCAUCUGCAAAUAAGCCUUUGAAGAAGAAGAAGUCCAAGAAGACUUCUAAUGAAAGCAAGGAUGAGGCUGAGGAAUUGGACGGAGUCGAUAAGGUGGCAGAGAAGAAGAAGAAGAAGAAGAAGAAGAAGGAGAAGAAGAAGAAGGAGGAGGAGGAGGAGGAGGUUGAGCUACCUGAGAUACGCCCCGUGGUAGUUGAGAAUGGGGAUGUAAUUCCUGCUAAUGAGAAGAUUUCUAGCAAUGGAACAACUAGUGACGAGACAAUUAAUUCUCUGUUUAAUGAGUCUGUCAUUUCAAAUCUUCAAAUCCAAUUUGAGAAGGUUGCUGCAAGAGCUGCAUUGGAUAAGGAUGAUUCAAGUUCACAUGGUUCACUGGAGAUUACACCUGCAACUACCAUUUCAAAGAAGAGAAAGAGAGUAAAGAAUGUGGGUGGCAAGGACAAUUGCAGUCUGGACCAAACUGGUGAAGGAAAGAGUGAGGACAAGAGUGCCAAGAAGGUUAGGUUUUCUAUGAAAAAUAAUUUGGUCUGGAAGCCCCACGGUCCAUUGCCUCCGCAGAGUCUGAGGUUGCCGCCCUCUGUUACUCCCAGAGGCAGUGCACUUAAGAAAGGAGUACCUCCAGGCCCCAUCAGGGAGAUGCCUGUGGUAACAAAGAAGGUUAAGCAGAAGAAGAAGGGCCGAAAAGGAAAUAAAACAAUCUCCCCCGCCAUCAGAAGACUGAGGAAGCUACGAAUGCUUUCAAUUUAAUAAAAUCGGGGUUAUGCAUUCAUUUGCUUUGUAAUUGUUCUUUACAGUGGUUGAGAAUUUCAAGAUCCUGUGCUCAUCUCAGUUGGCUUCUUUAGGGUAGUAAUUCUAGGCCUCAUUGCAUUAUCAUAUUCUCAAUCCUUUGCUAAAGUUAUAAAAGGGAAAAAAGAGAGAAAAAAACAAAAAGGAGAAACAAUGACUUGAGUUGGAUCCCAUGCUUUUGGAAGGAUUUUGGCAAUAUUUUUCUUUCAGGAGUGUUAUUUCUUUUAGGAUUUAGUUUUUUUUUUCCCCUUUGAUCUUGUUUCAAAUUCUCAUGUGCUUUCAUCAAGUAGUAUAUUGUACUUGACACUGUAAAUUGCCCAUUAUUUGAAUAUGCUGCUAAUUUAAAGGAA